UUGGCUUCAAUAAAAACACUCUGCUAUGUGCUUCGAAACGUCUCAGACUUGUCAGAUAUCGCAGACAGAUAUUAUUUCCGAAAAUAAAGAUGGACUUCAACGAUGAGUUUGUGAAAAUCCUUGGCCAAAAUCGGAAAUUCGCAUUAUACGCUGCAGGCACAACGAUUGCUCUGCUUGGACUCGGUCUCGUGUAUAAAUAUAUGCGUCAGAAGAAAAAGUUAACUCGAGUUGGAGUUGUUACUCAGCUGUUGGUUCAUCCGAUGAAGUCUGGGAAAGGGGUGUCGGUAGAGACAGCAGAAUGUCUGCGAAUGGGGCUGAAAUAUGGCGAACUGCGGGAUCGUCACUGGCUGGUCAUCACAGAGGAUGGACACAUGGUGACCGGCAGACAGCAGCCUCGUCUGGUGUUGGUGUCUUUGAGCUCUGAGGGUGGGCAGCUGUGUCUUAAUGGACCCCAGAUGGAGGAGUUGAGGGUUCCUUUUCACCAGCCCAAUAACGCAGUUAUUGACUGCAGAGUCUUUAGUAUAGACGUUCAAGGCAGGGACUGCGGGGACGAUGUGUCUGCGUGGCUUACUCGAUACCUGGAAUCAGACAAGACUGUUCGCCUGGUGUAUUAUGAACCUCAUCUAAAGCCCCAGAGGCCUUCUGAGAAAGAUCCCCUCUAUCCUAAGGAUGAAAAGGUGGCCUAUCCUGAUGCUGCUCCCGUCAUGCUAAUGUCGGAGGCCUCUCUUAGAGACCUGAAUAGCCGAUUGGAUAGUGAAGUUACUGUCUUUCAAUUUCGUCCCAGUAUUGUUGUCAGUGACUGUGAGGCAUUCAUAGAGGACACCUGGGAUCAUAUUCAGAUUGGCAAAGUGGAGAUGAAGAGAGUCGUUGGCUGUGGAAGAUGCCUCUUAACCACCGUUGACCCUGAGACUGGAGUCAUCUCCCGGAAAGAACCGCUUAACACGCUCAAAACCUAUCGACUGACUGACCCUAAGCAGAAAACCGCACCAAUAAUGGGACAGUACUACACCGUCAAGAAAACGGGUGUCCUUCAUGUUGGUGAACCUGUUUAUAAGAUCACCUAUUAAAAUGGGGCCAGAUGGGAUGAAAUGCUGAACCACAUAUCAAAAUCUAGUGACUAAUGUACAAGCUGACUAAUAUAUAAAAUUUUCAGUAUUAGAUGUACAAUUAUGGUUGGAAAAGAUCAAAUGUGUUAAAGAUUCCAAAACCAUUAGACUUCAGCAAAGUUAAAGGGAUACCAAGCUCAUGGGCUAUCAUUUUUUUUGUAGUGAGAACAGAUGAAUUCUGUGAUUUGUGAGUAAUCUGUAUUCAAUAUUUUAGGUACCUCAAAAUUACCAGUGUAUUGGCAAGAUAAUUAUUCUGCAUUGCAAUAAUGAUCAGGUUUCAUAUAACAACUUAACAGUCUAUGACUAAUAAAGUAUCUGACAUGGUUCAGUCAAACACCA